AUGGAGACUGCAGCGGUGAUUAAAGAGAACCGGGAGAGAGAGCAACUAAGAAGAAUUUUCAACCGAACAGUGACGAAGCUAGAAGCUGAUAUCAAAGUCGAAAAUUUCUCGCAAGUGUUGAUCGACAUUGAAUUUCUUAAGAGUAAGGUUGAACGAUUAGAAGCUUUAGAUAAAAUGAUACAAGACCUCAUGUUAGAAAGCGACAGUUAUGAUGAAGAAUCCUUCAGCAUUGAAAUUGAUACAGCGGACACGUAUAAAUACAGAUGGCACACAAUUAACAAUCAGAUAAAGACAGGUAUGUCGUCAAAAAUUCCUCUUGAUAAGAUUGAAGAUGUAAAGCCAGCCAGGAAUUACAAUUUACCUAAGUAUGAGCUAAAGAAAUUUGAUGAUAACCUGAAGAACUGGUUAGCUUAUUGGGGCCAAUUUAAGAAAAUUAACGAAGAUCACUCAUUGUCUGGAGAGGAUAAGUAUCAGUACCUCCUUCAAUCAUUAAAAGAAGAUAGUAACGCUCGAGUAUUGGUGGAAAGUUUCCCUCCGUCUGCUGAAAAUUAUACAAAGGCUAUUGAACAACUCAAGGCAAGAUUUGGACGGGAGGAUCUUCUCAUACAGGUUUAUGUUAGGGAAUUAUUAAGUUUCGUUUUAAACAAUAAUAAAAAACAAGUAUCUAUUAGACUAUUAUAUGACAAAAUUUCAACAUAUUUGAUGUCUUUAGAAACGUUAGGUAUUGUUAAACAGAAAUAUGAAAUAAUUUUGUAUCCCCUUGUAGAAUCAGCAAUUCCCGAAACAAUUCUUAUUGCUUGGAAUAGAUGUAACACUGAUCCAUCUCUUGGUAACCAAUUGACAAGUUUAUUAAAUUUUCUUAAAAACGAAGUAGAAACAGAAGAGCGAAUUAAUUUAGCGAGGUCCGAUUUUAAUUGUAUUGGUACUAAUCACACUCUCCACAGGGAACAAAUAAGCAGCUUACCAACAGCAGCAUCGUUAGUAUCAAAUAUAAAACCAAAGGAGUCAGGUAAAGUAGUCAAUGUUAUUUGCUGUUUUUGUGACAAAAGAAUUCAUAGUUCUUUUGAAUGUAGUAGAGCUAAUAAGAUGUCCCUAGAGGAUAAAAAGGAGGCAAUAAAAAAGAAAGGCUGCUGCUACAUAUGUCUUAAAAAAGGUCACGUGGCUAAUAAAUGUAAAAGUUUUGUUAGAUGUUUAUCAUGUGAAAAAAGACACUAUGUGAUUUUAUGUCCGGAAAUUCAUAAGAAAGAAAAGAGUGGAACAUUGGAAAAUGUUUCGUUAUAUGCCAGAACUAAUAUGACAACUUUGUUACAAACACUCAUUGUCAAUAUCACCUAUCAAAGAAAAAUCAAGAAGGUGAGAGUUUUGUUAGACAGUGGUUCUCAAAGGUCGUAUGUAAAAGCCAAAGUUGUUGAAGAAUUAGGAUUGCAUGAGACUGGCAUAGAAAUAAUAGGUCACACAUUAUUUGGGGGUGUGGAUCAGCCUGCCAAGGUAUAUAAAUGCUUUGAUGUUUUGGUAAGUAGCUUAGACAAUAGGUUUUCUGUUAGAAUCAAUGCACUACAGCAGUCUGAUUUAUGUGGGUACCUGCCAAAAAUUAAUAAUGAAAAAAUAUUAGAGAAGUUACGGGACUUGAAUAUUGUGAUCAGUGAUUUUGAUUAUACAGAUACUGAGAUAAGUCUCUUGAUUGGGUCGGAUUACUUAGGAUCCAUCAUACAUAAUAAAACGGUUAGUUUAGGUAACAACCUGAUGGCUGUUAAUACCAAGUUAGGAUGGACAUCACAGGGACCAAUAAAAGUUCAAAGUACAGUCAAUACAUCAAGCACUACAUGCUUUUCAAAAACAAAUCUUUCUGAUUUGUGGAGUAUUGAGUUAUUAGGAAUUCGAGACCCUUAUGAAAAUAAGUCUAAAAAGGAUACUGAAGUCAAGAUUUUGAAAACUUUCAAUGAUAACAUUUCAGUAAAUGCACAAGGACGUUAUGAAGUCUCAUUGUUAUGGAAAGAGGGGUGUGCAGGACUCAAGACAAAUUAUGAAGUUGCAUUUAAACGAUUGGAAUCAACCACAAAAAAGUUAAAAUCAACUGGUAACCUAAAAAUGUAUGAUCAAGUUCUUCAAGACUGGAAGAAAAAUGAUAUCAUUGAGAGGGUUAUAAAUGAUACAAAUACAGGCCACUAUUUGCCACAUCAUAGUGUUAUUAAAUUAUCUAGUAUGACAACACGUGUACGUCCAGUAUUUGAUGCUUCUACAAAGGACAACAAUGGAUGGACUCUUAACGGUUGUUUAGAUAAAGGUAUUAAUAUGAUUGAAUUGUUACCAAAAUUAUUAAUACAAUUUAGAAAAGGUGCUUAUGGAGUUAUAUCUGAUAUAAAACAAGCACUUUUACAGAUAUCUAUUGCAGAAAAAGUGGUCCGAGAGCUCAUGACGCAUUUUUCAUGA